CCUAAAAAAACUCUCCCAAAACAAGGUGUGCACCUUUGAAAAUUACCUCAUUUUAUUUCAAAUAAGUAAUAACCCACAGCUCAUCUUCAACUUCCGAAACUUUACUCAGCCAUUCAUUUUUACGAUGCGACUGUUGGACGCGUAAACCACAAAGAAUUUAACUUUUUAUUUCGAUUUAAAUGUUAAAUGGUUUGUUCUAUGGUAGAAGUGAUAUAUAAUAAUAGUCAAUUUUAAACCAUAAUAAGUCGUACAUGAAAUUGCGCGAUAAAUCGUUAAACAUCGACUAUCUCCGGAAUCUCCGUUCGAUAUAUUUUGCAAUAAAGAUGAUAAAGAAUGAUACCCGAUAUGACGAUAAGUAAGAGUGACAGAUACAGGUGUAGGUUUUGGUGUGACAACAGAAAUGAAGUGCAGUCAAAGAUGAUUAUUUGAUAAAGUAAAGUAAAUUAUGAGUGUAUAUUGUAUCAUUUAUCCGAUGUAUAAAUAUGGUGUUUGGACCUAAAUACUCCUACAAUACCGCAAGAAAAACGGAUUUCAGGUUAAAUACAGAAAUUUUCCUGCAGCGAAGAACUUUCAACAUUAUUUUGAAAGCGAUUCUCUUUUUUGGAAUACUGACAAGUAAAUAUGGCCUCCAAAGCGACGACUCUGAAAGACGUGCUGUUGCUUCACAGCGCAAAAGAUGCCGGAGAUUGGACAGAGUUUAUUCAAAAUGAGAUUAAGACAUUCGGUCUUCAGAUAAAAGAGGUGGAUAUAAAGGACCUGGCUGCCAGUAUGAAAGACAUCCACAUCCUGUGUGCACAGUAUUCUGUCGUGAGUUUGGUGAUUUCAGAAGAAAUGUUGAAGACAAUUGAUUCUGUGGCAUCAGAACUCUCAACCACACUCCAAAACCACAGUUAUGUGACCCUAAUCAAGUUGUUCAUAGAUGAUUGUGAAAAAGAACUUUAUAGCAAUGUUCUGCCCAAAUAUCCAAGCGCAAAGACUUGGAAAACGUUCAAAAUUAGUGAUCCGGACGCACAAGGAAAGCUUCAAGCGACAGUGUCCAGUCUUAUAAACAUGGUGCAGGAUUCACAGAUGGUCGCAAAACCAGCUCCAUCUCCAUCAGGUGACAUGUUACGGACGAAAUCAUCGCACUCGACAGCCAAACCUAAACAUUCUGCACAGAUUACUGUAUCCCCUGACAGUAUAAGACAGGGUGGAGAAACAGUUUUGGUUGUUUGGUAUCGAGCCAUUCCUGAAAGUUAUUUGGUUCAAGUGGCUAUUGGCGAAAAUGACGAUGCUAAAAAACUUGAAACCAAGCGGAUAAAUGAGUACACAUUUUCCUUCACAGCUCCAUCAUACAAAGCUGGGAUGACGCACAUGUACGUAUUUAUGGACGGCAAAAAGUGUCUCAAAAGAAUGAUCAAAUACUCUGGAAUGUGUGAGUUUGCCUACACGUACCCGGAGUUCCUAUGUCAGCUGAUAGAUCUAGAUGCGGCUGAUCACACGGGACUUGACAAUUACCUCACCACAGUGUUUCAGUCCAGCACACCUGCGGACUGGUCAAUGGCUAACAUGCUGACGCACAGAAACAUCAUACUGCCUGUUGGCUCUAAGAAGAGUGACAGUGAGUUGCCGACAUUACUUCACUUUGCCUGCAAAUACAGCCUCAACUCCCUCGCCUCGAGUAUCAUCGACACGCCCGGUGCACACGAGGCUCUAGAGAUCCUCAACUGCCGCGACAAGACGCCGUAUGAUAUUGCGAAGGAAAUGAACAAUGAAGACCUGAUAGGCUACAUCGAUGUGUUCUUGGAAAUGGUUGACUACAACACACAGAUUGAAGACCUGUACACACGUAUGAAGAAUGGACAGCUAGCGGAUUACUCUUACACACCCAACAAAGAGAUUGGAGACGGUUACCUCAAUCGUAGUAGCCCUGGAUCGUUCGUUACGGAUGGUGUUGCAGAAGAUGAUUAUGAGAGAACUGACAAGACCUCACACCAAGUUGUGGUAGUUGACGAGAAUGAAGACAUUAAUGAGCCUACGGAGCAGGCACCUACUGUGCCAAGAAGAAAACCAAGCCAGUUGCGUUCCCCAGAGCAGCCCUCCCCACCUGUUGUGACUAGAACCCCCAGCAUUAACUCUGGCAACCGUGUAGAGAGGCCCAUACAUCCCCCGAGUUACAACCCAAAGGCCAUGUGCAUGAUGCCAGAUGAUGACGCCAUGGGAGGAAAAGAGACUGGAGAUGGUUACCUCAAAAUGGGUGGUAGCCCUGGAUCAUUCGUAUAUAAGGGGCGUGUUCCAGAAGAUGAUUAUGAGAGAACGGACAAGACCUCAAGCCAAGCUGUGGAAGUUGACGAGGAUGAAGACAUUCAUGAACCUACGGAGCAGGCACCUCCUGUGCCUAGAAGAAAAUCAAGCCAGUUGCGUACCCCAGAGCAGACAUCCCCACCUGCUGUGAAUAGAACCCCCAGCAGUUACCCUGGCAACCGUUCAGAGAGGCAACCAGCUCAGCCUAUACGACACCCUAGUCUGGGCGAAUCAUUCAACCCAAACAUGACGCCGGAUGAUGACCCCAAGGGAGGAAGUCGUGACUUGCUGUCGCCUGGAUCGAUGGGGUCAUCCGCCCUUAACGAGAGUAAUGAGAUCAUAGAGAGCUACAAACUCGGUGGCAUAGGCAUGGACGACGUGGACAAACUAUACUGCGCUUGGCAGGAACGCAACAAGGAUUCCUCAAAAUCCAUCAAGGAGAAAAAGCAACAUCUGGAGAGCCUGCGGUCGCUUUAUGAAGAUGUAGGCAGCAAAAAGAAAGGCGGGCUGUUUUCGAGACUUACAAAGAGAAAGGCGGAAAAGAAGCAAGUGGAGAUUGAGCAUCACGUGAAUACUGGGGCGCGGUCAAACAGCUACCGCACCUGGGACAUCAUGAAGAAGCCGAGUUGGCCGCACAUGUUCAGUAACAGGGAAAGCACUGCCAGCAACACCUCAACCUCAAGUUCUUCGAGCGAUAAGUCUCAGGACAGUGCCAUAGAGAUGAUUGAAGAGGAUGAUAUUGUUGUGCGUAGACCUCGCGAUGCAAACACAGACACAGAGGCAAAGCGUCAGUCCUGGGGACAGCGAUAUCUUGCCAUCAAGCAGCAGCCUCGUAAAACUGCCACGUUGCCCAAGCCCCCUCCACGCAACCCCACGAUCAACCAGCUAAUACAGGGCUCGAGACCUCCAGCGAGGAAGGAGAGCCCGCCGCCCGUGCCUCGGAGAAACAGGGACAGCACUGGCAGCAACACCUCAAACUCAAUCUGGGAGUACAUGAAGAAGCAUAGUGAGCUGCACCCAUCCAGCGACAAGGAAAGUACCACUAGCGAUAACUCCACUUCAAGUUCUUCCAGUGUCAUUUCUCAGGACAGUGCCAUAUCGAUGAUUGAAGAGUCCAAGCCCAAGAAGCCUCCUCCCCUUGUCCAGCCUGCUGUGUCUAAACCAGGGCCUCCCAAGCUGCCAGAUAAAGGGCCAGUGAUAUCUGCUGAGCAAUCCAAACCAGAACCGGAGAAAGAUAAGAAAGUUGUGAAAGGGGAUACAGAAUUAAGAGCUAUCUCCCUUGAACAAACAACACCAGUCGAUCUUGGGAAUAAAGUGAACAACAUCGAUACGAAAACACGCCUUCGUGAGUUGUGUUUUACACAUGGUCGAACAUCGAAACAUCUUCAAGCAUUUUGCAAAAGCAUUUGUACACGUUUUUUACAAGUAAGCGAAAUAAUAGAUGCCUAUCCUGCAUACAAAGUUGGAAAUGAGGAAAAUAUUGUAUUUGUACUGACAGUCAAAAGUAACAUCAUUGAUAUUCAUCAGCACCUCGUCGACUUUGAUGUAGAAACUAUUAUUAAAACAGUUUCUUUAGACAUUCAUGAAGAUGACGUAGCUAUAACUGAUGACUUCAAAGAAAAUGACAAGGACAUUGAAAGACUCAAAGAAUGUAUAUCAAAUAAUGCAGACGAUUUAAUGCAACAACAUAAAUAUCUUAAUAUAAUUCCGAGGCGGUUCAAACAAACCAAUUGAAGGUUCUAAAAGAGAACCGUGUUUAGUAUUGUAUGUUCAUGCUAAGGGAUUCAUACCUAUUGACGAAGAGCCUUUUAAAAAAUCAUAUAACGGCAUAAAUGUGGAAGUUCGAGAAGGAAGAUUUACCCCAUAUAUUAACCACGCUGAUGUUUUACUUAAUAAAGUAAGAAUGGGUUGUAAAAUCGAAGGUCAUCAAACGGGAACACUUGGUGUAUUUAUUGAACAUCCAUCAUAUGGUAUUUGUGGUAUAACGUGUGCCCAUGUUGCAAUUAGUGCUACUGAGAUGGAAGAUUGUAAAUCGGAGAGUGGAAGACUUUUAUGGGAAAAAAUAAAUCCAUCCAAAAAAUGUAUUUAUCAACCCUCCAGAAUCAAUGGCGAGUUCAAUCAGUUCGGACAAAUAGUUGAAGUUAUUUAUAAGGAAGGGAAAAGUUCAGAAACAGGAAUUGAAAUUGCGUUAAUACAGAUAGAAAAGAGACAUCCAGAUAGCGGGAAAUUUCCAACACCAAGAUCACUUUCCAACUCCGAUGGAUCUGACUACACGUUUGCAUCGGGCAAAACUUGUGGACCCACUAGAUUUAAUACAAACAACCGCUGUUUCAAAGUUGGAAGCGUCACUGAUUUCACAGAGGGUACCAUUGAAAUGCGUGCGCCUAAUGUUGUUCGCACAGAUAAACAUACCUGGGAUUAUGAUCAUCUGCGGAUAACUUUAUACAACCAAUUCUUAGUUCGACCAAAGCAAGAAGCUUUCGCUGAUUUUGGCGACUCUGGAUCGCCCGUGUUUGUAAAAGAUGAAGAAACUGGUGAGCCCGUUUGCAUCGGGCUUGUUGAGGGAGGAUUAACAGCAGGAGGACUUGUUGUUGUUACUCCUAUUACUAAAAUUCUAGAAGAGCUCGGUAUUUCUCAACUGAAAGCAUUUCCUAAAAAUGUUAUGCAAGAACUAGAGCAGAUAAAAUUGACGUUGCAUGUAUUGCAAACACAAAAUGAGAAGCUAUUUAAACAUCUAAACAUUGCAAAAUAAAAUGAAUGUAAGAUCCCGCCGAAUGUUGUGUAAUAAUCUUAAUCCGUAUUUUGUGUUAUAAUUAUACAAGAAAUUUUAAAGUAAACCUGAAACAUGUGGUUGGUAAAGCUCUUAAAGCCAUGAAAACAUCAAAUGCAAUGACUCUGACAUUUAACCAAUUAUAUCUUGUCAGUUGUUUGACUCUGUUAUGGGCUCUAUAUUAAGAUGUGCUUCAGAAGUAUGUGGUUUCACAAAGUCAAAUGAUACUGAACGCAUACAUUUAAACUUUUCUAAACAAUGCUUCAUUUUAAAAUGAAUACGUGUAAUGUUGUUGUUUAUGGCAAAUUAUGUAGAUAUCCCAUGUAUGUGAACAGUUUCGUUAAAAAUAUAUAUUAUUUGUUUAAAAAUAUAAUUAUUCAAAUUGUUUACUUACAAUCUUUAAAUGAUUGUAAUAAACGUUAUUAAAACGAUGACCAGACUGAGCAGGUUGUGGACGAGCAGUUCCAUUAGCUUCCACACAAAGUAGAAUCUCUACAAGUUCCUCGUAGUCUCUAUCCUACUGUUCGGCUGCGAGACCACCUGGACGCUUCAUGCGGACACAGAACACAGGCAUUUAAACACAAAUGUCUCCGACAACUGCUUCACAUCUCCUACACGGAGCAGUAGACCAACGAGGUCGUCCGGAACAUGACUGCAGCACUUGUUGGCCCACAAGAGCCCCUUUUGGCGACCGUCAAACGACGAAAGCUGGCUUGGUUUGGACAUGUCUCCAGGGGAAAGACUCUCUGUGCAAUACUGUUGUCCAAGGCACGCUAGAGGGAGGUCGCCGUCGAGGCCGUGAAAAGAAAAGACAAUGUGAAAUACAUCCUUUCCCAUGGAUGAAAUUCUCCUAUCAGCAUAUAACAGACCUGAAUGCCAAAAUGUAGGAAGAUUUCAGUAUCGUCGUCCCUCAUUUCACCCCAACGACCAGACCGGUUAAGGUAAUGAUGAUUACUUCCUAGAUAUAUGCACGUAUUUUUGUAAGAUAAAGAGUGUCGGCAUUCCCUUUGAGAAUCCAAACUGAAAGAUACGCUCAGACUAGCAUUCCACGAAAUUUUCUUUAGUGUUGAUGUUGUAAUUACUUUUAUUUGAACAUGAAUACCAUUUCAUAUCCAUAUGCCGGUGCUAAACUGAUCUAAGAAAAAAUACAUUAGCCGUACUUUUAUAUCAACCCAACUGAAUAUAUUCCACAAGUAAUUAGUUUCAUGAAAUUCAGAUUCUUUUGUUAUCAGCAAUAUGAUUCUUAUAGUAAUAUGAUUCUGAUCAUUCAGAGUUACCACAUACUAAACAACUUAUACACUCAGAUACCUUCAAUGCCAAGGAUUCCAUUCAAAUUGCCUAUGUGAAAAUAUAUUAAGUUUUGAAUGUAUUAAGAGUGCCUAAACCUAAGAUCAUCUGUGUGUUUUUAUUUAACACUUUUCAGUUAGACUUUCUGUCUUUAUAUUGCAUACCUCUUGCUUCAUGUUCGCGUUUAUAUGAAGCUUAUUUAAGUGUUAAGUGAAUCUUUGAGAUGUACAACUACACUGUCUGACAAAAUAUCAUUGCUUCCAUUGUAUUCUUGAAUGCUUAAAUGAAGAUUGCUUACACAACUAUAAGAAAUAGUAACACGCUUGACAAAUUUUUCUUUUCUCUUGUAUCUUUUACAUAAUCAUAAUGAUAAUACAAAAUCAAAACUAAUUUAAUAGUAUUUAUGCAAAACAUUAAAAAAAAUUGCCUUCCCUUGUUUUGAUUAUAUAAUUAUAUCUUUUGUACUCUUUGUAUAAUCCUAAUUACAAUACUAAAUCAAAACUAUUAAAUAUGUUCACAUGUAUAUAUGAAUUGCAUUAACAAUGUUUUUGCUUUCCCUUGUUUGUUUAUAUAAUUAUAUUUAUUAUACAAAACAAAACCAACUUUUGUGUUUAUAUAAAUAUGCCUAUGCAGCUAUAUAAUUAAUAUGCAUAUCUAUUCCAUAAAUAGCAUGUGUACCUUUGGUCCACAAUAUUAACUCAAAUAGAACCUGUCAUUUCAUUUGUACUUAUUUUAAAAAUAAAUCAACUCAAUAAAUUUGAAUAACAUUAUAUUGAUUGAUAUCUGCAUUUAAAAAUACUAUGAAUUUUUUUUAAAUUUUAAACCUAACUUUUCGAAAGAUAAUUAUAAAAAAUUAACUAUAUACUGAUUGCAUAAUUAUGUUCUCUUAUCUUUGUAAUGUUUAGCCAAGCUUAACAUGAUUACACUCAUUGUCAUUUUCACUUUUAUGUUUUUCUUCGUUUAUUAUGUUUGUUUUUUAGUUGGGACCAGUGGUUCAUUGUGUUUUUUUCUUCUUCAUUUCUAUGGAUUAUUCAUUUUUUUGUAUCCCUAAUUUUUGUUUUCUAUUUUUGUUUGUAUGCAUGGACAUUCUAAAUCAUAUAAUAGUAACAAACUGGACAUGUUUUAAAAUAGAAACUAACUGGACAAGCACACACGAAUUAUCAUUUACAUCACACUCCACAUCUUUAAAUGAUUAAAUUAUGUACUUUGAAUGUCAAAGGGCUAAACAAUAAAGAAAAACGCAUAAAAAAAUUUCAAAUGGUUAGACGCAAAAAAAAUAGUAUAUGCCUAUUACAAGAAAGUCACUUGACACAUACUUAAGCACGAACUUUAAAAGAUGAAUGGGACGGAGACAUCUAUCUUAGUGGACAACAUACUAAUACACAAGGAAUUGCCUUUCUAAUAAAAAUAAUAUAGGGAUCACAGUCGAUAACUUUAACGAAAUAAUAAUUGACAGACAAGCAAGUAUAGAUAUCAUAAUACACGAAACACAACUAACAUUAAUCAAUGUUUACGGCCCUAACAUAGAUGAUUCCACAUUUUACGAAACAUUACAAUCCUUUAUAAUUAAUAACCAAGAUAAAAACAUUAUAGUCGGUGGUGAUUUCACUACUUUUCUUAACCCAUUAUUAGAUAAAAAGAAGGGAAACCUUUAUACCCAUCCUUAAAAUAUGAACAUAAUUGAAAACUACUAUAUGAUAGACAUCUGGUGUACAUUAUAUCAAAACGAAAGCAAAUUCACCUGGAACUCAAACACAAAACCAACAAUAUUUUUUAGAUUAGACUUUUUUUAAUAGCUGAGUCGCUUUGCAACAUUAUUGAUACAUAUAACAUAAAACAAGGAUUCAUGACUGACCACUCUCUAGGUGAACUUAAACUACACAAAAUACAACCUGAAAGAGGCCCAUGAUACUUUAAAAUUAAUAACAGCAUCUUAUCAGAUACACAAUACCAACUGCAAAUAAAGCAAGAAAUAUUAAAUACAGUUCAAAAUAAUAAAGAUGCGAACCCAAACACCUUGUGGGAAGUAAUUAAAGGAAAUAUACGUAACACAACAAUAAGAUACACAUCAUUUAAACAAAAAGAAACACGCAACCUUGAAACUGAAACCAUCAAAAUCCUUGAAACACUUGAAAAACAAUUACAUGAAACAAACACAAACGAUACCAAAGACAUUGAAAAUGAAAUAACAUAACAAAAAACAAGUAUUAGAAGGAAUUUAUCAUACACAUCUCAAUGGAAUUAUACUACGAGCACGUGCACAGCAUGUUGAAAACAAUGAAAAAAAUACAAAAUACUUCGCAAACAUCGAAAAACGUAGAAGUGAACAAAAUACUGUGCACAAGUUAGCAGUCAAUGGCGAAGAUAUAACAAACAGACCUCAAAUACUAGAAGAACGUUUAUUUUUCGAUACCCUCUAUAAACGAAAACAUGUUGAAAAUAACACCCUCUUUAAACAUACACAUCAUGCUUUAAAUCAAGAGGAAAAACAACUGUGCGAAGGAUUACUUAAUGAAUAUGAAUGUGGAUUAGCACUUAAGGAAAUGCAAAAUAAAAAAAGUCCAGGAUCUGAUGGCAUCACAAUCGAAUUUUAUAAAAUAUUCUGGAAUGAUAUUAAACAAAUUUAAUUAAUUCGCUUAACUAUUAAUUUAACAACGAAAACUUAACUACGUUACAAAAAUCAAGGUAUAUCACUCAUUCCAAAACCUGGAAAAAAACUAGAAUCCUUAUCAAACUGGCGCCCGAUUAGUUUACUGAACAAUGAUUAUAAAAUUGCAACUAAAAAUAUCAAAUAGAAUCAAAAAAAUAUUACCAUCAAUCAUUUCAAGAUCUCAAUCUGGUUUCAUUAAAGGACGUUACAUCCGUACGUCUGAUACAAGAAUGCAUAAAUUAUUUCAACCAACCAAACAAUUCUGCCCUCAUUUUCUUUGCAGACUUCGAAAAGGCUUUCGAUUCACUAGACCAUUCGUUUAUGUUCUCUUGCUUAGAAAAUAUGAAUUUCGGUGAAAGUCUAAUUAAAUGGGUUAAACUAUUUUUACCGAUAUUAACAGUAUAAUAAUUAACAAUGGCUUUUUCUCAAACUGUUUCAACAUCGAACGAGGGGUAAGACAAGGAUGUCCACUCUCAUCCUCACUAUUAUAUGCAUCGAGUAUCUAUCACACUAUAUCCAUUCAAAGAAACAUAUAAAGAGAAUAUCGCUAGAACCUGACGAAGAAAUAAAACAGUCCCUAUUUGCUGACGAUGCAACUUAUUUUUUAAAUGACAGUAGUGACUCAUUCGAUACUCUUAUAGAACCGCUAACCCUUUUUGGAAUGGCAUCGGGUCUUAAGCUAAACAAAAGUAAAUAAACUGUGCUACGAGUAGGUAAAUUUAAACAAAGCAAUAUUCAUCUUAAAAAAGAAAUGAAAUUCAACUUAACAUCAGAUGAAGCCACAACGUUAGGAAUAACCUUUACAAACAAUGAAAAUGAAACAAUUUAAAAAAACAUAUUACCAAAGCUACACAAAUUAAAAAUUGCUUAAAAUCAUGGCAGCAUCGUAAACUCACAUUAAUUGGAAAAAACACCGUGUUGAAAACGUUUGCACUCCCUAAAUUAAUUUAUACACUAACAGUCCUCCCAAACCCACCAAAUGAUAUUAUUGAAGAUAUAAAAUCAGAAAUAUUUAAUUUCAUAUGGGACGGUAAACCUGAUAAAAUUAAGCGAACUCAAUUAAUUCAAUCAGUAGAAAAUGGAGGUAUCAGACUAACGGAUAUAGAUUCAUUCCUGAAUGCAAUCAAAUGCAGUUGGGUUAAAAGAUAUUUAGAUAAUACGAAUACGAGUAAAUGGAAAUUAUUCUACCAGAACAUUUUUAAAAAAUAUGGUGACUCCUUACUUUUUGAAUGUAAUAUCGACAAUAAUAUCUUAGAUGAAAUUUCAACCAAAAACAUAUUUCUAUCGAAUGUUCUAUCGGCAUGGUGUAAAGUUACUCAUAAUUUAGAAACCAAAAUAAACAGUAAAAUCAUUCUAUGGAACAAUAAAGACAUAACUACUAACAAUAAAACAGUUAUUCUAUAAACAUUGGUUCGAACGAAACAUAAAAUAUGUAGAUCAAUUGUACGACUUCAGAAUAAACGACUUCUAUUCUUUUGGUAACUUAUGCUACAUAUUCGGAAUACCUACAAGUAAUUUCCUGAUGUACUACACAUUGAUCAAAAGUAUACCCAUACAUAUUAAAGCUGUAACCAAUACAAAUAACACACCAUGUACUCAAAAAACAUUCGUAGAAAACAUAAUUGCAAAACAAACAAAAACGAACAAAAUAUUUUACACACUUCAAAUUAAAAAUCCUGCCAAAAUCUCUAAAGCUCAAACUAAAUGGCAAAACCUUCUUGGAGAAAAAGAAUUUAAUUGGAAACAAAUAUUUGUUAUGCCAUAUAAAUCAACUACUGAUAGCACACAUGAGAAACUUUCAAUAUAAAUACAUCCAGAGAAUCAUAGCUACAAAUAAACAUCUUUUUAAAUGCAACCUAUCCAACACGAAUCUAUGUGAUAUGUGUAGUGAACAUAUUGAAACAAUAGAACACCUUUUCUGGGAGUGUAAACAUAUUCAACCUCUAUGGAAUCAAUUGACAACCUUUCUAGAGAAACAACAAUUAAUUGUUAAACUAUCUCUCUUAGAUAUCAGUUUAGGGGUUAUUACCUUUAAAAUACAAAAACGUUGUGAAUUACAUAAUUAUAUUAAUGAAAUAUUUUAUAUUCAGCAUGAAAUACAGAAAACAAAGACCUUCAAUGAACUGUCUUAUCAAUUAUUUAAAACUGAAGAUUCAAAUUGAAAAAGAAAUUGCCCUAAACAAUGACAAACUUUAUAUAUUUGAACAAAAAUGGAAACACAUUAAACUUUCAUAAACAUGUCCAGUAUGCUUUCUUUCACUCUAUGCAACUCAUCCUUAUCAUAACUUUUCUGUUGUUUUUUUUUUGUUACUUUUUUUUCCACAUCCUUCCAAAGAAAAAUAAUACAUAAUUAACCUUUUCUCUUUUUUUAAUCAAAAGGAAACCACAAGGUCAAAAAAAAAUAUUAGCAUAUCUUGUAUGACAUGUUUAAACAUUAUUGCUGCUACAAGAUAUUACUUAGUUGUAUGAUCAUAUACAUGUAUACAUUGUAUGUUUAUAUUGAAUAAAAAAAUGAUUCUGAUCAUACCAUCGAUUUUGUGUAUUUGUAUUUGUAUUCUUAAAUGAUUAUUUUAUGUUAUGUAAUGUUAUGUCAUUAUACCGAUUUACGUGACAGAAAACAAUGUGCAUAUUUAAGUAGGAAGACGAUGUAAUUUUGUAUUUGUGUGAAUAAACUGUCUGCCAUGC